UCUCUGUCUUUCUUCUCUCUGUGUUUCUCUCUUGUGUCUUUUUGUCCUUAUCUUGGUCUCUCUGCUUCUAUUUCUACCUCUUUCAGCGUGUGCGUCUCCCUUUCCCUGUAUGUCUCUUUCUGUCUUCCUCCGAGUCUCUCUUCUUUUCCCCGCCCCCCUCACUCCCCUUUCUCCGUCUCUCUCUGUCUCUGCGCCUUUCUCACCCUCACUUUCUCCCCUCCUGCCUGCUCGCUGCUCCCUGUGCCUGGCCUGCCCCCACCGCCGCCGGUUCAGGGGAACGUGUGCGGAGCGAUUGUCCUGGGGGACAUUUGAUGGAUUAGAGCGCUGAACAGUUCCAUUGCUAGGGGACCACCUGAUCUCCUCCAGCCUGCGUCCCAUAUAAAGCCGGCAGCCAGAGUGCUGAGCACAGCUCCUGCGAUCCCCUGUCUGCGCGCCGCCGCCGCCAAGCCCAAGCGGGAGCCCGAGCCCGAGCCGGAGCCCGAGCCGGGGCCGCUGCCACCGGUGCCGGCUCCAAGCGGCCUCCAGCCCGCCCGCCCGCUGGGAGCUGUCCAGUGCUGAAACCAGCGCGGACAGUCAAUCGCGCCCGGCUGGCCGCCUCCCCCAACCGGGGCCCCACGCAACUGCCCCCGCCGAGCCCCCCGCCAGUCGCACCAUGCCGCGCUCCUUCCUGGUAAAGAAGAUCAAAGGGGACGGCUUCCAGUGCAGCGGGGUGCCGGCCCCCACCUACCACCCCUUGGAGACAGCCUACGUGCUGCCUGGCGCCCGGGGGCCUCCUGGGGACAACGGGUACGCUCCGCACUGCCUGCCCCCGAGCAGCUACGAUGCGGAUCAGAAGCCGGGCCUGGAGCUGGCUCCGGCCGAGCCCGCGUACCCGCCGGCGGCGCCGGAGGAGUACAGCGACCCCGAGAGCCCGCAGUCCAGCCUGUCGGCGCGCUACUUCCGAGGGGAGGCGGCCGUGACCGACAGCUACUCCAUGGACGCCUUCUUCAUCUCGGACGGGCGCUCGCGGCGGCGGCGGGGCGGAGGCGGCGGGGACGCGGGGGGCUCGGGGGACGCGGGGGGCACUGGGGGACGCGCAGGGCGAGCAGGGGCGCAGGCGGGCGGCGGGCACCGGCAUGCGUGCGCCGAGUGUGGCAAGACCUACGCCACGUCGUCGAACCUGAGCCGCCACAAGCAGACGCACCGCAGCCUGGACAGCCAGCUGGCGCGCAAGUGCCCGACGUGCGGCAAGGCCUACGUGUCCAUGCCCGCGCUCGCCAUGCACGUGCUCACGCACAACCUGCGCCACAAGUGCGGCGUGUGUGGCAAGGCCUUCUCGCGGCCCUGGCUGCUGCAGGGCCACAUGCGCUCGCACACUGGCGAGAAGCCGUUCGGCUGCGCGCACUGCGGCAAGGCCUUCGCCGACCGCUCCAACCUGCGCGCGCACAUGCAGACGCACUCGGCCUUCAAGCACUACCGCUGCCGCCAGUGCGACAAGAGCUUCGCGCUCAAGUCCUACCUCCACAAGCACUGCGAGGCAGCCUGCGUCAAGGGGGCCGAGCCGCCCCCGCCGACCCCUGCUGGGCCGGCCAGCUGAGCCUUCCGCCUCGCCCGCGCGCCUGGAACUCGCUCUCCACGCGCCUCGGGCCCGCUACCUGCGCCCGCAGCGCCCUCGCCCACCCCCGGCUGCGUUUCCCUGCCCAUGCCCCUCUCGUGGGGACCCCUGACCAGCCCUGAACUUUUCUCUCCAGUCCCCAAACCCACGACUCACUUCCAGCACCGUCUUCCCCAGCGUCCCCCUACCCACUGCGUCCUUUCCGGCCACUCUUCGGACCUUGACCCCCUGUCCGCGCCUUCAAGGCUCCCAACUCAGGCACCAGGUCCGCACCUCUCCUGCGCCCCAGAGCCGGAAAUUUCUCCCGCCCAGACCCCGCGCUGCUCUUCUAACUUCUAGAUCUUUUCUGUCGCUUCUCAGCUGAAUCUCUCUGACCAUUCCUCUGUUGGAGCCCCCAAUGAAAGCCGCAUACCUAUACCCUUGACGCCCAUACCUGCCUCAGUUUCCCCAUCCAUACCUGGACGCAGGCCCUGCUGCCCUGAGACCACAAUCCAACCCCAGACCAUCCCUCUGGCCUCUGCUGAGUCUCCCAGAGUGUGCCCAUCUGGGGAUCUAAUCUUCACCCUUCUUGAAGUCUCCAAUCUGUCCCUGAUCCCAUCCAUGCUCAGGCCUUAGGUCCGGCCAUACAUACAUACAUACAUACACACACACACACACUCCCACACACAUUUCCUACUCUCUUCAGUCCAUGGGGAUCUCAUCACCCACUCCCAGCCCCAGCUCCAGAUCCCCUCACCUCUCCAGCAGCUCUCACCCCUCUGAGUUUACCUAACCUGGAGGGGGCUUGAGGGGCACUUCAGGGCCCUGCCCCCUAAUGUAACCCCUCUCUCUCCCUGGCACAACCUGGGCUUCCACAAUCCAGCUGCCCUACCCCCAGACUCUCUGAGCACUUUCCCCCAUCCCCAGGGCCACAGAUCCCCUUCCUUACUUGUUGGGGGGAGGUCUGGAGCACCUCACCAAUGCCCUUCCCCCGUCCGGCUGGGUCCUUCCAGUUAUUUAUUUGUGUAUUUAUUUAUUUAUCUAUUUAUUAUUCUAUUUAAUCUCUUGGCCUCACCCAGGGACAGUCUGGCUUCCCCAGCUGGACUGGGAGGUCAGGAAGCCAGGCAAGGAGAGGGACAGCACAGGCCACAGAAGGCUGCCCCCACCACACACAGCCCCGCGUCUCGGGAGAAACCCACCCUCACCAGAGCCCGCACUCACUAAGGAAGGGGACUCGAGAAUGGGGGGGGGCAGCUUGCUGACCCUCAACUUGUGGGGUGAGGGAGCAUCAGGAGGUCCAGGCGUGGGGCAGGUCCCCGCCCUCCUGAACCUUACCCUGCCACUCCAGGCGGCCCGGAGAGAGGAGCCUCCUCGAUUUGUUUCUUAUUUAUUCCUCUUCCCGAGGGACCCCAGGUUCCAGGGACCGACUGAGCCCCGGACCCGCUGGGGCCUCUGGCCUGCUCCCCGGGAGGGGCGCUCUCUCCCGGCCACGUCUAUGCAACUCUCCCGGACAGAGGGGCCGGGCUGCCAGCCACCCGCCCGUUGGCCGCCACUACCUCCUCCGCUGCGCUUUUGCAUGCCCGGGCGAGGACCGAAGCACACACCUCCACGCGCACGGGCCCCGGCCCCCUCCGCUUUAAGCACACGCCUCUGCCCCAUUGCUCUGCACCCAGCUUGCGGGCAGGAGUCCUGGACUCUCAGAUCCUCCUCUCCCCUCCUCUUAGCCACAAAAGAAGGGGGAGACUGGAGGCACCCCUGCAGCAGGGGCACUUCCCCAGGGCUCCAGAGGGGUGAAUGGGCCUUUGCUCAGCUCCAGGCCCAGCGGGAAGGGAGGCUGCAGGGAUGGUGGGAGGGAGAGGGGUAGCAGAAGCAAUUAUGGAGGGUGUUGACCCUGUAAAUAGGAACUUCUGACAGCAAUAAUUUUCCAUGCAUGCUAAGCCUUUUGGCCAUAUUUUGUACGAGCGCUUGGCGCUCCUCCUCCCUCCUAACCCAACUCACCCCCAAACCCCCAUCCCUUCCCCACCUCCAGCAGUAUUACUUGUAACGCAAUUCAGGGAUAUUAAAGGGACUUUGGCCACUCA